UAAAAACUUUAGUUUAAAUCAGAGCCAAUCAAUCUGAGCGAUCAAAUUCAAAAUCCAAGCGGGAGAACUUCACACAGAUCGAUAUGGAAGACGAAUCAUCGAAGAAGAAGAAGAAAGCCAUGGGUUUAAACCAGCUCCACAAUCGCUUCCUCACAGCCUCCUCUCACUCCAAAUCAUCUGCUGCUUACGGUUUCCUCUCUGAAAUGAAGAAUCCAGAACAACGGCAGCAUGACUACGACGGACCUUCGUUUGAUUUCGAUUCCGAUUCCGAUUCCGGUUCCGAUUCUCCUUGUUCAGCUAAAACCCUAGAAAAUGAUACGGAUGGAGAGAAGGUUUUGUCUGUUGAACGGUCUGGUGGUGCUGAAGAGACAGCAAAAAGUCUAGAAAAUGAUACGGAUGAGGAAAAGGUUUCGUCAUUUGAACUGUUUGAUGAUUGUGAAAAGAGUGUGUGUAUUGACGAAUCUGCGAUCAACGGUCUAGAUUACUCAUCUUCUGAUGGUGCAGAGAAGGUCGUGUCAAAAGUUAUGAAUGAAGAUGAAUUCGAAAGCGUUAAGCAAGUUGAAAGUAGAGAAUCCUUCGGUGAACCUGUUGGUAUCAUUGAGGAUGAUGUCGAUUCUCAGCAAGGGGACCGACAUCAAAAGGUGAAAAUUCAUGGACGAAGGAGACUCUGCAAAGUAGUGGUGAAUGAUGACGAUGAGGAACAUGAUAAAUUUCACGAUGUGGAGUCUGAAUUCUCAGCUGUCGUUGCUGACUUUGACUCACCCAGUCCUGCAAAGAACACCGCGAACAAAUCGGACGGUGGUGAUGAAAUCAGAGACAUUCUCAGCAAUUUAAGCUCAAAGUUUGAGUUUUUAUCAAUCGAGAAGGGAAAACGCCCUGCCAAGCAACUUUCAACCUCAUCUGAUUCGUUUACAAAAGAAAGUUUGAAUGAACACAAGCCGGUUAAAGUCUCUGAACGCAUAGAUGUUGAAAAAACGUCAUUUUCCUCUGCAUCGAAUCGAUAUGAUUCAUCACCAAAGGCAACUGCCACUAGAAAAGAAAAUAUUAACACUGGAUACGUAAAGAAUCACGUAAGAAAAGCUGUAGCUACUGAAAGUUCUGUUCAUCUUCAGAAGAGCAAGAAUGUCAAGGCUGAUGAUGACGAUGACGAUGAUGACGAUUGUGUCGUUACGAGUGGCCAAAAGUUUGUCCAAAAGGUGGAGGGUAGGCACGAUGUUUCUAGCACGGUUUAUACGUUGACCAACGAAUCAAAUGACUCUACUUCACGAGAUGAAGUACCUUUUUCUCUAAGGAACCCUAAAUUCAAUUUUUCGUUACCUAGUAAGAUUGCAAAUAUGUUAUACCCGCAUCAACGCGAAGGUUUAAAAUGGCUUUGGUCUCUUCAUUGUAAAGGCAAGGGUGGUAUUUUGGGUGACGACAUGGGCCUCGGAAAGACUAUGCAGAUAUGUGGCUUUUUAGCGGGGUUAUUUCACUCAAAGUUGAUAAAACGUGUAUUAGUUGUUGCGCCCAAGACACUGUUACCCCAUUGGAUGAAAGAGCUAGGUGUUGUUAAUCUUUCAAGGAUUACAAGAGAAUUUUUCGGGACAUGUUCAAAAGCUCGACAGUAUGAACUCCAGUAUGUACUCCAGGAUAAGGGUGUUCUUCUUACUACUUAUGAUAUUGUUCGCAAUAACGUCAAAGCGUUAUCUGGAGACUAUGAUGAGAUGGAGGAUGAUGCUGUGACCUGGGAUUACAUGAUUCUCGAUGAGGGUCAUCUCAUUAAGAAUCCUAGUACACAAAGGGCUAAAAGUUUGCUUGCGAUACCUUGUGCUCAUCGUAUAAUAAUUAGUGGCACUCCACUGCAGAAUAAUCUUAAGGAACUGUGGGCUUUGUUUAACUUCUGUUGUCCAGAGCUUUUGGGUGAUAAGAAAUGUUUUAAAGACAAAUAUGAAUCAGCAAUUCUUCGUGGAAAUGACAAAAAUGCAUCGGAGAGAGAUAAGCGCAUUGGUUCAGCUGUUGCACAGGAUUUAAGAAAUUGCAUUCAGCCCUAUUUUCUUCGCCGCCUAAAAAGCGAAGUGUUUCGUGAAGAUGGCGGUAAUACCAACACAGCCAAGCUUUCUAAAAAGAACGAGAUUAUUGUUUGGUUAAGAUUAUCCAGAUGUCAGCGUCAACUGUAUGAAGCCUUUUUGAAAAGUGAGAUUGUUCUUUCAGCAUUUGAUGGCUCACCUUUGGCUGCUAUCACGAUAUUGAAAAAGAUAUGUGAUCAUCCACUUCUAUUAACAAAACGAGCUGCUGAAGACGUUUUAGAAGGAAUGGAGUCGGAUCUAAAUCAGGAAGAUCACGGGGUUGCAGAAAAACUUGCAAUGCACAUUGCAGAUGUCGCGGAUAAAUACGAUAUUCGUGAAAAUAACGACAUUCUUUCAUGCAAGAUUUCGUUUAUUGUAUCUUUGCUGGAUAAUCUGAUUCCCGAAGGUCAUCAUGUUCUUAUCUUUUCGCAGACUCGCAAAAUGCUUAAUCUUAUUCAGGAUGCUAUUAAUGCUCAAGGCUACAAGUUCUUACGGAUCGAUGGUACUACCAAAGCUAGUGAUAGAUUAAAGAUUGUCAACGAUUUCCAAGAGGGUGUUGGAGCUCCACCUAUAUUUCUUUUGACGUCUCAAGUUGGCGGUCUUGGACUUACACUUACAAAGGCCGAUCGUGUUAUUGUGGCUGAUCCCGCUUGGAACCCGAGUACUGAUAAUCAAAGUGUGGAUCGUGCAUACCGUAUUGGACAAACGAAGGAUGUUCUCGUAUACCGUUUAAUGACAUGUGGUACUGUGGAAGAAAAGAUAUACAGAAAGCAGAUAUACAAAGGUGGGUUGUUCAGAAGUGCUACAGAACAAAAAGAGCAAAUUCGUUAUUUCAGCGCACAGGAUCUUAGGGAGCUUUUCAGUCUCCCGAAGCAGGGUUUUGAUGUCUCUCUAACUCAGCAACAGUUGCAUGAAGAACAUGAUAGUGAACACACAAUGGAUCCGUCGCUCAAAGUCCACACAAAGUUUUUGGAAUCUCUCGGUAUAGCCGGCAUCAGUCACCACAGUUUGCUCUUCUCGAGAACCGCUCCCGUUCAACCUGUAGCAGAGGAAGAACUUACAAGGAUUAGACAAUCAACAUAUGUGGGCCACUCAACGUCGCGUUCCUUGCAUGAACAAAAUGUCGACGCCAGUGCUCAAUUUGCUGUCAAUCCUAAGGACAUUGUGCGAAGAACGCAUCACUCCCCAAACAUUUCCAACAAAUUAACGGAAUCAGAAAUCAAACAACAAAUCAACCGCCUAUCUCAAAUCUAUGCAAACAAGGCAAUGGUGGCGAGGUUAGGGGACAAUGGGGCGAAGAUACAAAAACAGAUCUCGGAGUUGAAUUCUGAGCUUAAUAAGCUUCGUUUGUCGAAGACCGGUGAAAUAGAAACCGUUGAUUUAAGUGAUGAUUUUAACAGGGUGAUUAAUAUUUGAAUGAGAACAUGAAACUGUUGUGAAACAUAUCCUCAAUGUUUUGAAAACAUUAAGCCAUUCUAUUUUUUGAUACCAUUUCCAC